AUGCCAAUCUGGAAAUUCCACCACCACCCAGACAUCUUCACCGACAAUUCCGAAAGGCUCGCCAUCGCCCGGGCCGCAACAGCCUUUUACGUCAGCCACGGCAUACCAGACUACUACGUCAACAUCCAAUUCUUCCCCCUAACUCCAAACGAAUUCUACACAGGCGGCAACCCCAUCUCAACAACCGUCUUCGUCGAAAUCACCCACGUGGCUCGACACUGGGAUCCCACCGACAAUGCAGCCGCAUUGAGGAUGAAGGAUUCCUUUGACAAGAUCCUCAUGCCCUAUACCACGGACCGCGGUCUUCACUUGGAGUAUUGCGUGCAUGAGAGUCCUGCUGCUUUGUGGAGGAUUAAUGGGAUUGAUCCUCCGGAGUCUUUUGGUCCUGAUGACCAGGAACAGGCAGUGAAGAAUAGGGCGAGGUUGAAUCAGCUUAGGGCAAACCCGAAAUAG